GUUGAUAUUAGAUGCUUUUUCUAUUUCAUCACAAUUUUUUUGUAAUUUAACUUUUUAAGUAAUAAAUCAUUAAUAUCCGUAAAAUCUACGACAAGUAUAACCACGCUGUGAACUGAAUAGGAGUCUUAAAAAGCGUAUAACACUGUAUAACCAAUAAUGGCUGCGUCUCUGGCAGACUUAAUGCAGAAACUUGGUACUACACAGUAUUCCAUAGGCGCACAACAUUGGGUGAACGUAACACAUAUAACCGAUCCUGGCGAUUUCUACGUCCGUCCAACAGCUUACAGAGAUUAUUUGCCUAUUUUACAACAACAUCUAGGACCUGCCGAUGCUAUAAAGCUACAAAUAGGCAGUAAUGUUGUGUUUAAAUCAAAAACAAAUAAGAAUCAUGUCAGAGGACAAGUAAGAAAUAUAAGAAAUGAGAAUGAGACAACUUUAUAUGACUUAUUCGCUCUUGAUUACGGCUUUACAGAAGCUGUGGCUAUAGAAGAUUUAAAGCAGCCUCUAGAUGCAUGCCCAGUGCCAUCUCUUGUCUUACAUUGUCAACUAGGUGAUUGUCAACCAAAAAACAAUGAUUCUUUUGAUGAUGAAGCGAUUGAAGCUAUGGUCUAUUAUGUAGGUGACGAAAGAGCUAAAAUGAUAGUCCAAGGAAAAACUGGGGACAAAUACAUAGUGCAACUGAUCAAUACAUGCCCUGAAGACAUUGCAACCAUGUUGGCACUAACGGAAUACACAUGUUUCGGUUACGGCAACAAUGUUAUAAGCCGAAUGCCCUCCAUAGACCAACCAAAACUAUACUAUACAUACAAAAAAGUAAAAGUAGGGGACACUUUAAAUGUCAGAGUGCAAUCUGGGGAUUCAUUAAAGAGUUUUUUUGUUUGUGAAAUUGAUGAUCAUAACCAAUUUAUCAAAGAGUUGAACAACUUGAAGGAAUACUAUUAUUUAGAGCAGGAUUUUGCCGCUGAAAACUUGAAGCGUGGUAAAGCUGUAGCUGUGUUUUCAGACUGGUAUUCGAGGUAUGAGCGAGGGAUUAUAACAGAUGUUAUUAUUCCGGAGAAAAAAGCCGUGGCUCAGCUAGUCGACUGGGGUAUUAAGACCGAUAUAUACAUGGAUGCUACGCGGCUCAAAACGAUGUCGAGGGAAUAUUAUUUUUUGAGACCGUCAAUGGCCAUCUAUUGCAUGGCUGACGAGAAACAAGUAUGGGACAAUAAAUUAAACAGAUACCUGUAUCCGGGACAUGAAUUUGUGAUAACAGUCAAUAAGGUUGGAUAUCAACUAGAUACACCUUGUGUAGUAACUAUAUCUAAACCUCAGAAAUGA